AUGAACAACCCAAUAGCGGAAAAUGUCCUCGGAACCCUAGGCGCACUCCUCCCCCAAAUAUUUAUAAACUACAAGCGUCACCACACAGAAGGUCUCCAACCAUCAAUGAUGCUCCUCUGGGCUGCGGCCGGCGUACCCCUGGGCGUAUAUAACAUCGUCGAGGAAUUCAAUAUCGCUUUACGCAUCCAACCGCAGAUCCUUACUAUCCUGAGUCUGACUACUUGGGCUCAGUGUUUGUAUUAUGGAAAGAAAUACCCAAUCAUGAAAUGCAUAACAUUCGUCCUCCCCCUCCUCUUCAUCCUCGGAGGGAUCGAAACAGGUCUCAUCUUUGGAUUGAAAGAAGCCAAGACCCACGAUAUCAAAUGGCCGAUUAUUCUCAUGGCUGUGUUGAGUGCGUCGUUACUCGCCGCGGGCGUGUUAAGGCAUUAUUGGGAUAUCUAUGUGCAUCGCACGGUGAGGGGGAUUAGUUUCUUUUUUGUUGGGAUUGAUGCCGCGGGGGAUUUAUUUUCGAUAAUAUCUGUUUUGUUCGGGCCGAAGGUUGAUGUUCUGGGUGUGGUGAUUUAUGGGACGGAGUUGGGGCUUUGGACGGGAAUUUUUGUUUGUGGAGGUAUUUUCAAUCUGGUGCCUUGGGCUAAGGCGAGGUCGAAGAGGGAGAUGGAGGUGGAGAUAGAGAUGGAGCCGGAGCCAGAGCCGGAGCCGGAGCCGAUGGUGUUGGAUCGGGUGCCGUCAUCUAGUUCUGUGUUUAGGACUGCUUCGGGGUCGCAGGUUGUUGGAAGGCGGGCGUGGCUGGGUUCUUGA